UAAUUCCUUAUGUUGGUAAAGAGUUGCAGAUGCAUUUUAAAAGAAAAAAAAGGCUGUAGAGUGUACCAGUAAGUGCGCCUGGCAACAGGGGCAAUAAUUGUCUGUUUUGUGUCCGUUGUGCUUUUGUGCCACGAGCUUUCGGCAUAUUUCAAAAUCUACGCAGCAAGAGAAAAAAAAGAGAAAAUCAGACGGGCAGAUCGUAGGGCAGAAGGAAGAGAAGAAAGCAAGGGUUUCCAUUGUGAAAGAAAAAGUAGGGUUACAGUACAUAAGAGAAGUAUUAGUGUAUGAGGGAGAAAGAUCAGGGUUUUUACUGUGGUUUUGAUGGGGUGUACGCAGUCUAAAAUAGAUAAUGAAGAGUGUGUGUUCAGAUGCAAGCAGCGGAAGCAGACCAUGAAAGAUGCAGUUACUGCGCGCAACGCUUUUGCCGCUGCUCAUUCCUCUUACAUAACGCUGCUGAAGAACACGGGAGCGGCGUUGAAUGAUUACGGGCAGGGGGAAACGACAGAGAUAAGAGCUCCGGGGGUUCCUGCGCACCCUCAGAUUCUCGACCCGCCGCUGGCUCCGCCACCGCUUCCGUUUCCCUCGCCGACAAGGUUUCUGGAUUCGGGGCCGAUUAAAAGGUCGAUCAGCAUGCCGCCCAUUGCACUGCAGGAGGCGUCGGCGGAGGCGGCGGCGGCUAAGAUGAUUAGUAGUCCUCCACGGAAGUCUACUAUUAGGGAGGAUGAGGAGGAUACAGAAGAGGAGGCUGAGAGGGAGGAGAAUCCCGUUGAAACACCAGCCACCCGCCCUCCUCCUCCUCCUCUGCCAAGGGUGGACAAUCCCCCACCUCCUCCUCCACCGGCACAAGAUAGGACAUGGGAUUUCUUUGACGUAUUCUCUCAUAACACGUACAAUUCGGGUCACAAUGCGCCUACCGUAGAGGAGGUGGAGACGGGGGAAGAUGCAAUGCAUUCUAAAUCGGAGAUCAGGCAGAUCAGUGAGGACGAGGUUGCUUUGGAUGGCCAUGUAGAGGAUGAUGAGCAUAUGGAUGAUGACACAGAUGCCCAUGAUUCACCUGCCAAGACACCAGAGAAAAUUGUACAAAGGAAUCAUAGUAACAAGGUAGCUGAACCAGCUGUUGUGAGAAAGGAGGAGAUGCCAAUGUCAUUAACUGUUUCAAAGGGAGGUGUUAAAGAUGGUGGUGGAAAAGAUCUUCUAGAGGUUUUGCAGGAAAUUGAUGAUCAGUUUCUUAAGGCUUCUGAGAGUGGCCAGGAAGUGUCUAAGAUGCUGGAGGCCAAUCGCUUACAUUAUCACUCCAAUUUUGCAGAUAACAAAGGUAUGAUCGAUCCAGAUCGGGUAAAGCGUGCAAUAACAUGGAAUAGGUCUUUCAAACUUCCUUCCUCAGAAGAUGGGAAUGAUAAUUCCAAGGAAGAGAAGGAGUCCCAUGCUUCUGUACUGGACAAAUUGUUGGCAUGGGAAAAAAAACUUUAUGAUGAAGUGAAGGCAGGAGAGCUUAUGAAAAUUGAGUAUCAAAAAAAGAUUGCAUUGUUGAAUAAGCAAAAAAAGCGAGGGAGAAAUUCAGAAGGACUAGAGAAAACCAAGGCUGCAGUAAAGUAUCUUCAUACAAGGUAUAUGGUUGACUUUCAAGCUAUGGAUUCAACUUCGUCAGAAAUAAAGAGGCUUCGUGAUGACCAAUUAUACCCACAUCUUGUUUAUUUGGUUGCUGGGAUGGCAAAAAUGUGGAAAAGCAUGUAUGACAGUCAUUGUAAGCAGCAAGAAAUUGUUGCUGGUUUGAGGAAUAUUGAUAUUUCAAAUGCUCCAGAGGAAACCACCAAGCAACAUUAUGAGAGGACAGUGCAGCUGCAUAAUGUUGUCAAUGAAUGGCAAUCACAGUCUAGCAAACUUGUCCGUUUUCAAAAGGAGUAUAUUAAUGCUCUGAAUAGUUGGCUACGUCUGAACCUGGUCCCCAUAGAGAGUAACUUAAAGGAGAAAGUUUCCUCUCCUCAGAGGACAGUUAUGCCACCCAUACAUGGUCUGUUACAAAAAUGGCAUAACGAGCUUGACAAAUUGCCAGAAACUGUAGUACUAGAAGCGAUAAAGAGCUUUGCGGCAAUUGUUGACAGGAUUCUUAAACAGCAAGAAGAAGAAAGAAAACAGAAAAUAAAAUAUGAGGAAGCCAAGGUUGAGCAUGAAAAAAAGCGUAGAGCUUAUGAAGAAUGGCAUCAAAGAUACAUGGAGAAAAAAAUACCUGGAGAGAAUGGAAGUGAACCGACAGGGCCGGAUCAACAAAUAGAAGAAAGGGUAAAUCAGCUGGAGAUGUUAAGAAAAAAAGUAGAGGAGGAGAAGGAGAAGCACAAGAAAUCUUGCAAUUAUACCAGGAUCUUAUCUAUUAAUAGUCUUAAAACUGGCUUACCUGCAGUCUUUGAGGGUAUGGUUGGCUUUGCUCGUGUUUGCUCGGAGGUUUACAAAAAUCUGCAAUCCCAAAUAGAAGAUGCUUAGUUAUUGGAUAAACCAUUGGAAAAUGGUCGGUAGAGGCGAUUUGUUGCCUACUUGUAUGGUAUACUUGCAAUUUCUGUUGAUGUGUGUAAUUUUUCUGUGUAGAUUAUCUUAUACAAAAAUCAUUUGAGAUUGGAGUGUAAUGUAUUCUAAGAAUGUUGCUGUAAACCGGUAAAAGUCCAAGUUAUUAGCUUGAGUAACCAAGUUUUUUAUGCCUAUGCUGAUGAACUGUCUGAUGGCAGAUGUCAAAUACAGUGUAUUUAUUGUAAUUGAAUGGCAUAACAGGGAGGUGGUUUUCAUUUU